AACUACCAACUAACACACUUAUAUGGGAUUUUAUCUGUUAAAGCAUUUUGAUGCAGAUAUUUUAUCUGAUCUGCAUCACAAACUGGAAUUAUUUAAAUAUAAACCCAGACUUGUCAGAAAGAUGACCCAAACUUCAGAGACUGAUGACACAUCAGAGUCAGUUUAACAAAUGUCUCUGAUAUCUGCAGGAUGUUCUGCACAGCUUUAACACUCGCCUUUAAAUGGUCUUGUCCUUUAAUCUUUUUAUCCUGUGGUUGGGUAAGAGGGGGGGACAGGCGCAGGCAUCUGCCUUUGAUCUCUUUAUAUUUUCCAUACCACAGGUUACUCCACACAUGAAGAAAAGGCCACCAGUAGCCCCAACCACCAACUCUGACCUGUUUGGUUUCUUUCGUAAAUGUGCACAGACAAGAAGAACUAAUUAUUUUUCUGUUCUUAUUUCAGGGAGUCUUUCCCACCUCAUACAUGACCAAAAAGGACAUUCAAAUGGAUUUCAUUGAUUUCAAUGAUAUUCCUCAGAUGUAACAAACUGGGAAAAAAAGAUUGCAAGAUUUGAGGAUUUAUAACAAAGGCACAGCAGUACAGACAUGGAGACGGAAGAGAAGAAGGAUGCACCUCAAAAACGAACCACUAACGUCAAAGAAGAGGUCGAGGAGGAUGUAACUGGUCACACCUGUGAAGUGUGUGGACGCAGCUUUCCUCUGCUCAGCUCUCUGUCCCAGCACAUGAGGAGACACACAAGGGAGAAGCCAUAUAAAUGUCCAUACUGCGAACACAGGACUGCUCAGAAGGGCACCCUGAAAGCCCACAUACGCAGCCACAAGCUGGGCCUGUUGACCCCUAAUACCACCAUCAAGGAGGAGCAAAUGAAUGACUCAAAGACACCAGAACCAGCAGAGAAGUCUCACACCGUCAAUGGCAAGGUGAAGAAAAAAGAAACCAAGGAAAAAGUAAAGGUUAAGAAGUCUUUUUCCUGCACCCUGUGUAGCCAGGUCUUCCCACAGGCGGUUCUUCUUAAAUCCCACAUGAAGAAACACAGGAACUCUCAGGACCACGGCUGCCGGAUAUGUGGACGCCGCUUCCGGCAGGCAUGGUUCCUUCAAAGUCACAUGCGUAUUCAUCGAAACAAAACUGAAUUGUCAGAACAGAACACUGAGUUGCCUACCACAAUCAAUGGAGUUCCCCAGAACCCAGCAUCCCUGAUAAAUGACGAGUGCCUCUAUGAACUCUGUGCUGGCUGUGGAAACUUCUUCUUUGACCGUAAAACCUUAAAAACUCACGAGACGCUUCACAAACUGAGCAACAGCCGCACUUUAAGACAAAAUGCACCACAAAGCAACCACCAGGCCUCUGAGCCAGAGACAAGUCAGGCACAUUUUAUGGAAAGUCUCAACCUAAAGUGUGUUGGAGUGAAGGAUACCUCAGAGGUGAAGAGUCCAAGCUCCAGAAUCCCAGAGCUGGAUCCCAUUUGUAGUUACCAGGCAUGGCAGUUGGCCACAAGGGGCAGGUUAGCAGAGGCCACAGAGAAGUGCCUGGGAUGGGAGGAAAGGUUAGCUGAUGCUGAGGUGGCCUACAACAAAAACAAAGGUGAGUAUGUCACCACGAAGCAAGGGAAGAAAAGAAAGCAGACAGACACGUCCAGUGCUAAUGUCAAGAAGAGGAAAAAGGUGGAGACAGUCCUCGAUCAGACGUCCAACAGUUUGUCCAGCACCAACAGCAGUGAGAAGAAGACUCUCCACAAGGAUCGUAUUCUCUUUAAUGGACUUGGUCAUGCAUUUUAUGAAGCUCUGCAUAACAAAGCUAAACAGGCAAACACCUUCAGGAGCCAAGACCAGGAGGAUCAAAAGCCCUACCUCUGUGAGCACUGUGAUUUCCAGACCUUUGACACAUCAAUACUGAGGUCUCACCAGCACAGACACCACCAGGAUGUCCUGGCAUCCCACAGCGUCGUGGACACUAUAAAUCAGAGUAGUUCCUCCAAAUAUAUGGACUACCUCAGAAGCAGGAGCGUGCUCCUCAGUCAGCCAUACUGGAACCCUGUCACCUGUCAGCUGGGCCAGGCACCAGCAGAGAUGUACAUUAAAACAGAAAAACCAACAGGGGUCAAAGGGCAGGGACAGAGCCCUGAUGACAGCGGCAACCUUCUCAAUCUUUCUGCAAUAACUGCCCAGGAAGGCACCAAUAAUCAUCCAAUAAAAACAGAGGGUCUGCUGACGCAUCAGUGUCCCUACUGCUCACACCGCAGUACCUACCCAGAGGUACUGUGGAUCCAUCAGUGUGUGGCCCAUAAGGUGGAUAGCAGCAGCUCCAUGGCCCCCAAGUGGGCACCAUGCACCAACUAUUACAAAAGUCUAAAGGCAGGGGUCUCCCAGUGGAGACGUACAGGGCCUCCCCCUUUCCUGGAGGGUAAGGAUUGUCCUGCUCCAGGAACUCAGCGCUCACAGAGCCAAAGCACCUCGACCCCCCAGAACUCAACCUGCUCAGUCCGGCAGUCUCAGUCCAAAACCCAGUCAGGUGUUUCUAAGUCCAAGCACUCAUCAAAGGACUCCUCAGAAGGGACAUGUGCCAGUGGUAGGGGGGGAGUCCUACCUCAAAAGAAGUCAAGUGGACACCACCGCACUGGGGAGAGGGGAGAUAAAAGCUCCAGUGCCCCAGCUACUUCAUCCAGAAGUAUUGUGCAGAACAAGAAUGUCUCUGUUUUCCAGCACAGAGGUCACAGAGCUGCAGCGGAGGGGAACUUCCCUCAAGAGGGUUUGGGUUUUAUGUUGGCCAGGAGUCACAGCGGGACUUCCUCUAACACAGCCGCAGACAGACUCCAUCCCUGCGGGCAGUCAUGUGACACCUCUUCAGAGCUCAAGGGUCCUGAUCUGUGGCCUGCCAUGAACAUGUGGAGGCUACACGGCAGCAAGGCCUAUCUAGACCCGCUC